AUGGCAGAUGGUCAUGAGACUGAUAAGAACAUCGAGAUAUGGAAGAUUAAGAAACUGAUCAAGGCUCUUGAAGCUGCAAGGGGUAAUGGAACCAGCAUGAUUUCUCUCAUCAUGCCUCCCCGGGAUCAAAUCUCUCGUGUUACUAAGAUGCUUGGUGAUGAAUUUGGAACUGCUUCAAACAUCAAGAGCAGGGUGAAUCGUCAGUCUGUUCUUGGUGCAAUUACAUCUGCUCAGCAGAGGCUCAAGCUUUACAACAAGGUUCCUCCUAAUGGGCUGGUGCUGUACACGGGAACAAUUGUAACUGAUGAUGGGAAGGAAAAAAAGGUCACAAUUGAUUUUGAACCUUUCAGGCCAAUCAAUGCAUCUCUUUACCUCUGUGACAACAAGUUUCAUAUUGAAGCUCUGAAUGAACUCUUAGAAUCUGAUGACAAAUUUGGUUUCAUUGUCAUGGAUGGUAAUGGGACACUUUUUGGGACAUUAAGUGGCAACACUAGGGAAGUGCUUCAUAAAUUUAGUGUGGACCUCCCAAAGAAACACGGAAGAGGAGGGCAGUCAGCUCUACGUUUUGCUCGUCUUCGAAUGGAGAAGCGCCACAACUAUGUUAGGAAGACAGCAGAGCUUGCCACACAGUUCUAUAUUAAUCCUGCCACCAGCCAGCCCAAUGUUUCAGGAUUAAUAUUGGCUGGGUCAGCUGACUUCAAGACUGAGCUUAGUCAGUCAGAUAUGUUUGAUCCCCGUCUGCAAGCCAAAAUACUGAAUGUGGUGGAUGUUUCUUAUGGAGGGGAGAAUGGUUUCAACCAGGCUAUUGAGCUGUCAUCCGAGAUCCUGUCCAACGUUAAGUUUAUACAGGAAAAGCGCUUGAUAGGCAAAUACUUUGAGGAGAUUAGCCAGGACACAGGAAAGUAUGUUUUUGGUGUGGAUGACACACUAAAAGCUCUGGAGAUGGGUGCUGUUGAGAUUCUUAUUGUGUGGGAAAGUUUGGACAUCAAUAGGUAUGUGCUAAAAAAUACCACUACUGGUGAGAUUAUAGUUAAACAUUUCAACAAGGACCAGGAAAACAAUCAGAGCAACUUCCGGGAUUCUGCCAACUCUGAAUUAGAGGUUCAGGACAAGAUGGCACUGUUGGAGUGGUUUGCUAAUGAAUACAGGCGGUUUGGUUGUACUCUUGAGUUUGUCACCAACAAAUCACAGGAGGGGUCACAGUUCUGCCGUGGUUUUGGUGGCAUUGGAGGAAUUCUUCGCUACCAGCUCGAUAUGAGUGCGCUCGGAGUCGUCGUUGCUGCCGCUGCUCCUGAGCAAUGCUCACGAAAUUUCGCAGGCUUGAUCCAGGACAUUACAUUGUUAUCUGAUCCUGAAAAGCUUGACCCGGUGAUUUCAUCUGGAUCGCAAAAGAGGCUGGGCAUAUCGAUCAUCCAGAAUGAGGACAUGAUGCUAAGAGCUGCUUCCUUUGGAUCGAGACCUUGCGAACAUAUGCACCCAUGUUAUGAGAACCCCAUGAACGAUUCUGGUCUAUGGAGUAGUGCUUUUGGUUAA